AUGGCUGUUGCUGACAACCGUUGGGUGGGAGCCUUUUCAAUUCCCGCCCGCACCCUGAUUUUUUUGCCCGAUUGCCUCCCGCAACGUCGCUUCGCUAUCAAGAUACCCUUUCCCAAUCCAUUCCCGAAAUACAACGACGAAUUAGGAGCUGACCAACACGCCAGCCCUGACACGACAGAUGGUCACCUCGUGGGCUGGGUUCGGCGCUCGCUCGCCUUCGGCCAAGCGUUUUCUGGUAGACUUCCGCUUCCGCUCUUCUCCGGCUGUUCCCUCGGCUCCGCGCCUUCAGACGUCUCUCUCUCCCUCGGUACCGCCUUCACCGCCGGUCCCUCCCUCCGCCUCACCUACCGCCCCAUCCGCGCACCCGCCCUCUCCGCGGCCGCUCAGGAUGAUUCCGCGGAUUCCGGCGGAAAUUCCGCGUCGCUCCAUCUUGUGCUGAAGGCGGGGCUCGGUCGGCUCGGGUCGUCCCGCGAUGCGUCUUUGUCGGUAGCUGCAGAGCUCGAGUUUUGUCCUUCCGCCAUUACCGCGGGCGGAGCGCCAUCCAGUGGCGUUGGGGGAAGCGCCUUCCGCGUCCCCCUGCGCGCGCAUAUCCGCUUCAAGGCUGAGCCGCGAGUAGGAGACCUUUCGUUCCGCCGAUUUCCCUCCGCUGCGGUAGCUGCAGCGCCAAAAGUAGUCACAGCCGCUUCCGCGGAAACAAUUUCGCCUGCGCGAAACGCGAAGCCAUGCGCGCAAAGCAGCAGCGGGAGCGGGGAGCCCAAAAGCAGCGGCGGCGGCUGGCUGUCGUCUGCCCAUGCACCGACCCUGCACCUGGAUAAGAUCAGUGUGGACGUGCGUACUGGCGCCUUCCGCUUCAUCCCUGCCUGCUGGGCCAUGCACGAACCACCGCCACCUGAUGCCCUGCCACAACCCCUCUCGCCUGCUGCUAUCUCAGGUGCUGGCACUGCCACCGCCCGCCCGCCCGGCCUGCCCACACCCACCACUCUCGUUCUGCCAGGUGUCGGGCCUCGGCUGAUCCUCAUGCCAUCUGGACCCCUUGGGUUCCGGCCUGCGCUGGUGCCGCCAGGUGGCAGCGCGGGAGUGGCUGGCCGGGGGCAGGGGGGAGGAGGAGGGGUGGUGGGCGAGCAGGCGGAGUUAGCACGGCUUAGGAGUGAGCUGGUGGGGGUGAGGGCAGAGGGGCAGCGGCUGAGGCAACAGGUGGAUGAACUCAGAGCUGCAGUGGUUAAGGGUGGUUCAGGGGAGGGCGGUAAGGCAGGCAGUGUGGGAGAAACCAAGGGGAAGGGAGGGAAGGAGGGUGGUGCUGGGGCGACUGCAGCUGCAGGGCGGGCAGAGGCAAGCAAGGGUGGUGGCAGUGCUGCUGUUGCUGGCAGUGGGGCUGGGAACAAGGAUGGUAAAGCAGCAGCGCCUGCACCAAGUGCUGCUGCAGCGGUGGGGGCUGGCAGUAAGACGCAGAGCGGAGGCAGUGGUGGUGCUGAAAAGGAGAAGCAAGGUGGAGGGCUCUUUGGUAGCACAGCAGCAGGUGCUGCUGCCGGCCCUGAGGGGUUGGUGCGCCCAGGGAUGGCGAGGGGUGCCAGUGCAGGCGCAGGCGUGGGAAUGGACAUUCCAGGACCAGGGGCAACCAUGGAGGGGCAUGGCCCAGCAGUGGGGAAAGGAUCAGUGGCAGGCCAGGUGGCUUUGAGUGCUAGUCCCGGUGCUGUUGCUGCUCAGCUGGAGCUGGAAGAGGAGCUUAGGCAGGCGAUUCUGCAAGCACGAGCAGGGGCUGCAUACCCAAGGCCUUCCGUGGGUCACAGCCCGAGUUCAAGGCCUUUCGUUGCUGCGAGUCCCGAAGCCCGAGGAACGAGAAGAGCCGCGACGACGAUGGGCGAACGCCAUGGCGGCAUUGAGGAGGUGGACCCGCGCGAUAUGGAAGGGCAUCAGCCAAAGCAGGAGCAGGAGCAGGAGCAGCAGGAGCACGCAGAAGACGUGGCAGCGCAGCGUGGGUUCGCGUACAGCGUGGAGCAGCUGGUGAACCUCAACUCAAACGCCAACCUCGAUGACCUGCACCGCAUGGGAGGGGUGAGGGGUCUGAGCGCGGGUCUGGCCGUAGAUCUCGAACUGGGAAUCAACGGUGACGAUGCAGAGGACCUUCAGCGCCGGGUAGAGGCGUAUGGAGCCAACACCUACCCCAAGAAGCCCCUCCCUCCCUUCAUCUGGUUCGUGUGGCAGGCGACGCAGGACGUGAUUCUCAUCAUCCUCAUGAUCUGCGCUGCGCUCUCCCUCUUCUUCGGCAUGAUCGCCGAGGGAGCGCACGAGGGAUGGCACGAGGGUGUGGCUAUCUGCAUCGCCGUGCUCAUCGUCGUCACUGUCACUGCGGUGACGGACUAUCGGCAGGCGCUGCAGUUCCAAGGGCUGGAUGCCGAGAAGGAGGACAUUCAGCUCAAGGUGAUCAGAGGAGGCCGAAGCCAGGCAGCAUCGAUAUUCGACCUGGUGGUGGGGGACGUGGUGCCAUUGGCCAUAGGCGACCAGGUGCCGGGCGAUGGGGUCUUCAUCUCAGGCCACUCGCUCACCAUCGACGAGUCCUACAUGACUGGCGAGAGUGACCCCAUGCACAAGGAUGCGUACCGGCCAUUCCUCAUGUCAGGGUGCAAGGUGGUGGAUGGCUAUGGCACCAUGCUCGUGACGGCAGUGGGCACGAACACGGAGUGGGGGCGCAUCAUGGCCACAGUCAACAAGGAUGACGAGUCCGUCACACCACUGCAGGCGCGUCUGUCGGGCGUGGCGAAGGCCAUCGGCAAGGUGGGGGUGACGGUGGCGGUGUGUGUGCUCAUCUUCCUGGUGGUGCGCUACUUCACGGACUACUACAGCGGCCAGGGCUUCGUGGACGUCAUCAAGGACCUCGUCGACGAGAUCGCCAUCGCCGUCUCCAUCGUUGUCGUCGCCAUUCCUGAGGGACUCCCUCUUGCUGUCACUCUCACCCUGGCCUAUUCAAUGCGGCAGAUGAUGAACGACAAGGCGCUGGUGCGCAACAUGGCGGCAUGUGAGACCAUGGGCUCGGCCACUGCCAUCUGCAGCGAUAAGACCGGCACUCUCACCCUCAACCAGAUGACGGUGGUGCGGGAGUGGCAAGGAGGGGAGCUGCACCAACCCGACUCCAUCAACAACUUCGACCCCUCCUCCCCGCUCCUUCAGGUUAUUCUGGAGGGUGUGGCGCAGAACAGCACCGGAACAGUCUUCAUUCCCGAGAACGGAGGCGAAGCAGAGGUAUCGGCAAGUCCUACAGAGACGGCCAUCAUCCAGUGGGCGCUCGCUCUGGGCAUGGACUACAACGGGCUGCGGCACUCGUCAGACAUCAUUUCCGUUGAAGCCUUCAACUCCACCAAGAAGCGCGCGGGCGUGGCGGUGAGGCGUGCCGGGGGCGACGUGGUGGUGCACUGGAAGGGCGCGGCGGAGAUGGUGCUGGCUAACUGCACGCACUGGAUGGACAUGCAGGGCAAUGCUGUUGCCUUCACUCACGAUAAGCUCGAGGCAGUGCAAGCAUCCAUCGCAGCCAUGGCAGCAUCGUCCCUGCGCUGCAUCGCCCUCGCAUCCGCCCCCGUACCUUCCACAUCCAUCCCAGACGACACCGAGUCCUGGCAGUUCCCAGACACCAACCUCUCUCUCCUCGCCAUCGUGGGAAUCAAGGACCCUUGCCGCCCAGGCGUGCCCGAGGCCGUGGCUCGGUGUCAGAAGGCAGGGGUGAAAGUGCGCAUGGUGACGGGGGACAAUGUGCUCACGGCGCAGGCCAUUGCACGCGAGUGCGGGAUUCUCACGCCUGGUGGGAUUGUGAUAGAGGGGAAGGACUUUCGAGUGCUGCCGUUGGAUCGCAUGAUGGAGAUCAUUCCCACCAUUGAUGUGAUGGCGCGGUCGUCCCCCACGGACAAGCAUCUGCUGGUGUCGCUGCUGCAGCGCAUGGGCGAGGUGGUGGCCGUCACAGGCGACGGCACCAACGACGCACCCGCGCUCUAUGAGGCGGACAUCGGUCUCUCCAUGGGAUUAUCCGGCACAGAAGUCGCAAAGGAGAGCUCGGACAUUGUCAUUCUGGACGACAACUUUGCGUCGAUCGUGCGCGUGGUGCGGUGGGGGCGGUCGGUCUUUGCGAGCAUCCAGAAGUACAUUCAGUUCCAGCUCACCGUCAACAUCUGCGCGCUCUCCCUCAACUUCAUCACCGCUCUCACUGAUGGCUCCGUGCCGCUCACCACCGUGCAGCUGCUGUGGGUGAAUCUCAUUAUGAACACGUUGGGAGCGCUGGCCCUCGCCACAGAGCCGCCCACCUCCGACCUUCUGGAGCAGCCCCCAGUUGGCAGAACUGCGCCGCUCAUCACCAAUGUCAUGUGGCGCAACAUCUUCACCCAGGCAGCCUUCCAGCUGACAGUGUUACUGGUGUUCAACUAUGGGGGCAUUUCUCUGGUGGGCAUUGGAAACACGGCCAACCCCAAGCAGCUCAACAACACCAUCAUCUUCAACACCUUCGUCUUCUGCCAGCUGUUCAACGAGAUCAACGCGCGGCGACCCAGCAAGCUGAACGUGUUUGAGCGGCUGCACAGGAGCCCCAUCUUCAUUGCCGUGCUCUGCUUCUCCAUCACCUUCCAAGCGCUCGUGGUGGAGCUCACGCUCUGCCCUCCACUCACUCUCUUCCCCACCCUUCACUCUCUUCUCUCAUGUACACUCCCUUUCCCCCUGUUCUCACUCCUCUCUUUCCCCCUCGCCUCACGAUCUACCCCCCUGCUCAAUCCCUUCCCCCCUCGAUCUCUUUCCCCUACUCACGAUCUACCCCCCUGCUCAAUCCCUUCCCCCCUCGAUCUCUUUCCCCUACUCACGAUCUACCCCCCUGCUCAAUCCCUUCCCCCCUCGAUCUCUUUCCCCUACUCACGAUCUACCCCCCUGCUCAAUCCCUUCCCCCCUCGAUCUCUUUCCCCUACUCACGAUCUACCCCCCUGCUCAAUCCCUUCCCCCCUCGAUCUCUUUCCCCUACUCACGAUCUACCCCCCUGCUCAAUCCCUUCCCCCCUCGAUCUCUUUCCCCUACUCACGAUCUACCCCCCUGCUCAAUCCCUUCCCCCCUCGAUCUCUUUCCCCUACUCACGAUCUACCCCCCUGCUCAAUCCCUCCCCCCCUCAAUCUCUUUCCGCUGCUCACUCUCUCACUCUCUUCCCCCCUGCUCACUCUCUCCCCCCCUGCUCACUCUCUCCCCCCCUGCUCACUCUCUCCCCCCCUGCUCACUCUCUCCCCCCCUGCUCACUCUCUCCCCCCCUGCUCACUCUCUCCCCCCCUGCUCACUCUCUCCCCCCCUGCUCACUCUCUCCCCCCCUGCUCACUCUCUCCCCCCCUGCUCACUCUCUCCCCCUCUGCUCACUCUGCGCCCCUGCUCACUCUCUUCCCCCCUGCUCACUCCCUCCCCCCCCGCUCACUCUCUCCCGCCCUGCUCACUCUUUCCCCCCCUGCUCACUCUUUCCCCCUCUGCUCACUCUCUCCCCCUGGACUCACCCGCCUUUCCUCCCUGUUUACUCUCGAUUCCCCUUCGUUUAACCUUUUUUCCCCACACUACUCUUAUUUCCCCUGUUCAGACCCCUCGGUUUCCCCUGCUUACUGGCUUUCCCCCCUGCUCUCCCCCUUCUCCCCCCUGCUCACUCUCUUUCCCCUUUUGCUCACCCCUCUGCCCCGUCCACAUCCAACCCUCGCUUAUCUGCCAUACCCCCUCUUCCCUUCCCGUUCUAUCACGGAACCAUGCUUGAACAGGUUACAGGUGCCCAGCACCAUGAGUCCCAACAGGAAUGUGAUGAAUGUGUUCCUGUAG